GCCCGUGCUUCCCGCAGCCAACAUGGCGGCUCUCCGCGUGUCCUGCGGCGCAGCUGCUUCGUACCGGCUCUUUCUUGGGGGUAGGGUUAGCUUUGCUCGGGAACAGGGCUUCUGGAAAGCCGCGGCUGCUAAGCUGCAGAGAAGUCCCGGAUGCCAGAUAUUAAGGUUAAGACACACCACAGUUGUAACAACAAGGAAAAAUGUUGCAGCCUUAAGACGUGAAACUUACACAGUGGAUUUUAUUAAAAAGCAGAUUGAAGAAUUCAACAUAGGAAAGAGACACUUAGCCAACAUGAUGGGAGAAGAUCCAGAAACUUUUACCCAAGAGGAUAUUGAUAGAGCGAUUGCUUACCUUUUUCCCAGUGGUUUGUUUGAGAAGCGAGCCCGGCCAGUAAUGAAGCAUCCUGAAGAGAUUUUUCCAAAACAAAGAGCAAUCCAGUGGGGAGAAGAUGGCCGCCCAUUUCAUUUUCUCUUUUAUACUGGCAAACAGUCAUAUUAUUCAUUAAUGCAUGGAGCAUACGGAAAGCUACUAGAUGUAGAAAACCGUCAAGACCAGCUGCGAGCCAAAGGUCUGUUUUCAGAAAAAACUAAAGCCAAAGACCCGAUUGGCAGCAGAUGGCUGAUUAAGGAGGAACUGGAAGAAAUGUUAGUGGAAAAACUGUCAGAUCAAGAUUACGCACAGUUCAUUCGGCUGCUGGAAAGGUUAUCGGCGUUGCCGUGUGACGCGGCUGAAGAAGAAUUUGUGGGCAGGUUCCGUAGGAGUGUAACCAUUCAAUCGAAAAAACAGCUGAUUGAGCCUGUGCAGUAUGACGAGAAGGGUAUGGCCUUCAGCACAGGCCGAGGUAACAGAAAGACUGCAAAGGCAGAAGUGGCUGUUUAUGACCAUGGAAGUGGGAGGAUAGAAGUAAAUGGGGUCGACUACCUGCUCUACUUUCCGGUGACUCAGGACAGAGAACAGCUGAUGUUCCCUUUCCACUUCCUCGACCGGCUUGGACAGCACGACGUGACCUGCACGGUGUCGGGGGGCGGGCGGGCGGCGCAGGCGGGGGCCAUCCGCUUGGCGACGGCGAGAGCCUUGUGCAGCUUUGUCACCGAGGACGAGGUCGAGUGGAUGCGCCAAGCGGGACUGCUUACUGCCGAUCCCCGCGUCAGAGAGCGGAAGAAGCCAGGCCAGGAGGGAGCCCGCAGGAAGUUCACCUGGAAGAAGCGCUGAGUGCUCUGGGCGGGAAAGGCGAGGGCCGCCGUGCACCUGGCACGCGGCAGACGCCCAGGAGACGGUGGCUGGCUGGGGUGAAGCAGCACCAUCAGACGUUUUGAGUCGUGAGAUGAUUUACUCUAAAAUGCAACGUUGUGAAGGUUACCUUCUAAAAAUAAUUAUUUAAAACUGUUUAGCUUUGUUCUGCUGCUUUACUUUUAAAACUUUUUCAGAAGAGAGCUUUAGAAGCAUAACUCAGAAUCUUGGCAUAUUCGACCUGAAAGGAGCAUUCAGCAAAAUCCAAUCAAGAGACCGCCUUUUGCGGACGGAAAGGCGCAGCCCCACAGAUCUGCCCCACCAGAGCCGCACUGCUACCCUCAUGUCAGGACGGACUUGGACUCACUCCCCCUACCUCGGUCGUUUUCCCGGAGAGCAGUUGUUACGGCAUAUCUUUCAGGACUGACGGAUGAGAGGCUUGUUGAGAAGAGUGAAGCCCGUGGAGCGUGUUUGUCCGGAGCCCAGCCGAGUCUCUGCGGAAGAUGACAGGCCAGGCCCCCCCAGCCCCCGGCAGCCACCAUUCCACUCUCUGCUUCUGUGUGUGACUCCUCUUUUUUUUUUUUUUAAAGAGUCUACGUAUAAGUGA